AUGGCAGAAUCACAGAAGAGAUCGAGAAAUUCGCCACCGCGCUGCCAACACUCCUCGAUAUUCCGAAAGAACGAUCACCUGGUACAAACGCAGUCACACAACAUAAACGACGUCGCAAUAACGUUAGCCGAGAGCAUCGCCGGACAAGUGCAAUGGACCGCCCGCGAGAAACCGUUGAGAGAUAGCGUCGCCCGCAUUCUAUCAAAACAAGGAUCCGACAAAAGCCCGAAAAUCGUUUCAGCCAGCACGAUUUUUACCCUCAUGAAAUUGAUCGAUGAGCUUUGCUUUCCCGGUCUGCUCUUCCUCACAGCCCACUUGAACCACGCCUCGCAUCCGGUGCUUCUCGAAAUCGGACAAUGGCGGGGUCGCGUGGGGUGGACUCAGGCUCUCCGGACUAAGCCUGGACUACGCAACACCAGUCCGAGCCCGAGCAUCUCCAUCCGUUUGAGCACGGUCCGCCACCAUGCGGACGGCAAGACGGAGGCGCUUUCGCUCCGAGAAGUCAUCCAAAUCGCGAUCCACGAAAUGGUCCACGCCUACCUGAUACUCCUUUCCUGUCGACAGAAACAGUGUGGAACAGACUUUGAGACAAUGCACCGGGAUUUGGAUGGGAGCGGGCAUGGCCUCGCCUUCGUGGCGAUACUGAAGGCAGUGCUGGGACAAGUGCAAAGUUGGGCACCGCAGUUGAAGGAUUUCGGGAUGACGGACGAGGCGAUUGACCCAUACGAAGAUUUCAGCGUGAAGUUGUGGAAGAGGGGGGAAGGUAUCGCGGCGAGGAGCAAUGGCCAGAAGGUCUGGUGGCUUGCAGCAAGACCGCUGUGA